CCAUUGCUCAUCUGUAUACCCGUCAGUUAGCUAAACUUUGUCCCUAAAUGUACCAGUCCAACGAAGAAGAAAACAACAAUAAAAUGAACAGAACAAAAGUGCUGGUUAGAAUUAGACCAAGAACUAACCAGGAAAUCAGAUUAAAUUUGAAGGAUCAUAGUUCAAUACGAACAAGUAUUCAAUCAUUUAAUUUCGAACACACAUUCGGUCCGACAUGCACAAAUUCCGAUGUAUACGAAGUGAUUGCGCCAAUGGUGGAACGAUGCAAAAUUGGCUACAACGCAACCGUUUUAAGCUACGGUCAGAAGUCAUCGGGCAAAACAUACACCAUGAUCGGAAACGACAAUGAUCCAGGUGUGGCAAGGCUUGCAAUUCAUCAACUGUUUAAGAACAAUCAGCCACCAUUCAAACGACUCUUUAUUAUUCGUGCCGGUUUCAUCGAAAUUCACAACGAAACCAUGUACGACCUGCUAAAUCACAGGCAAAUAGUUCAAUUUGAUGGACAAAUUGAAUUGCACAUGAAACUAUCCAACAAGGAAGUCGUUGUUAACGACAAAGACACAAUUCUUGAACUUUUGGACAAAGGUAACAAAGCCAGAUUACCAACAACGAAAGCUGACGCUCCGAGUAGCUCGCAUACAAUCUUCCGAAUUGUAAUCGAGAACCAAGAUCAAGCAUUGGAAAUGGCGCCGGUUGAAGUCAGUUAUUUAAACCUCGUCGAUUUGGAUCGGUCGGAGGGUGCUCAAGUGAAAAACGAGAAUGGGAAUUGUUUUGAUAAAAGUCUGAAGUAUCUAGAACUCGCGGUGAAGGCUUUGAGCAACGGAGAAAAAUUCCGUAAUUCUUCAAAAUCCAAAUUGACGCGCUUGCUCAACUUGGGAGGAAAUGCUAACACAGCGAUAAUUUGUCACGUUACUCCAACUUCACCGAAUCAGUCCAACAUAACAUUGAACUUCGCCAAUGAGGCCAGAAAUGUUAGGACGAAAACAGUCUGCAACAAAGUAUAUUCAGACGAUGUGAUGAUAAGACAGGUACGAGCUGAUAUUGCACGUUUGCAGCGGUUGAAGAAUGAGCUAGACCCUCCUCUGUUGAAUUCGAGUAAAAUUGACUGUGAAAUGGCGCAUUUGAAUUCGAUAUUACUUUUGGAAAAGGACAUGCGACCUCAAGGACAUAUUAUGAAAGCUGUUACUACCAACCAGGUUUUGAAAAUUCGAUCGUUUUUUUUGGGACUAGCUGGUAUGAGGAAAAGAUAUCAACACGCUGAAAUGAAGGACAUGAGCGUUGACACUCAGUCAAGACCUCAACGGAAAAGCAAUGCAAUCAAAUGGUCAGACUUUUACUUGGAGCGCGUUGGGUUUGAAUUGAGCUUGAAUAUGAGACGCUAUUUAAAAUACGGGAAGAAUGUAAUUGGUCGUUCGACUAGCGACUCGGAUGUAGACAUCUGCGUAGAUUCACUGGAAUGUUCCCGCAAGCACUGCUUCAUCGACAUUUCGACCGACUUAUCCGUCACAGUCAAAGACCUAAAUUCGUCAAAUGGAACGACAGUUAAUGGCAUUAAGUACAAAGGCAAGACAAUUGAUUUACAUGAAGGCGAUGUGAUAACCAUUGUGGAAGGAAGCCAUAGUCUGGUGGGUAAUUUGGAUUGUACAGCGUAUCGAUUGUGUAGAUUCACAACUGAAAAAAUUAAAUUUUUCGAUUUGGACGAUGGUUCAAUUGUUGUAAACGAUGACGACGGCGAUAAUGAUACGCCUUAUUACCCGGUUAAAGUAGAACUGGAAUCACCAGAAGCCCAUAUCGUCGAUCAACCGACAACGACAUUGACUGCACAGAAUCAAGCAGAUUCAAUUAUCGUCAUCGACGACGACGAUGAUAAUGACACAUCGUAUUAUCCGGUCAAAAUGGAAUUGGAGUUACCCGAGCCAUCAAGACUUGCCGAAAGUGAAACCGAACAGUUGAUGACGAGACCAAAGCCAACAAUAUUGCAUCAAGUAGAUACAAUUAUCGUGAUCAACGACGAAGAUGUCAGUGACACGCCGCUCAACACUGUGGAAAUGGAAUUGGAGCUACCAGAAUCCUCAAGAUUUGUCGACAUCGACACCGAACAAUCGGUUGCGAGACCAAUUCCAACAAUACAGAAUCAAGCAGAUCCAAUCAUUGUGAUCAACGACGAUGAUGGAAAUGACACGUCAUAUUACCCGGUCCAAAUGGAGGUGGAGCUACCUGAACCAUCAAAGCUUAUCGAAAGCAAAACCGUUCAGUUGACGACGAAACCGACGCGAACAGUGUUGAAUCAACCAGAUCCAAUUAUCGUGAUCGACGACGAAGAUGGUAAUGACACGUCCUAUUACCCGGUCAAAAUGGAAUUGGAGUUACCUGAACCCUCAAGACUUGCUGAAAGCGAGACCGAACUAUUGACGACGAGACCAACACCAGCAAUAUUGAAUCAAGCAGAUACAAUUAUCGGGAUCAACGACGAUGGUGGCAGUGACACGCCGUGUAACACUUUGGAAAUUGAAUUGGAACCACCGCAACCGUCAAGACUUGUCCAGAUCGAGACAGAAAAACCGAUCACGACGCAGAUGUUAAACCCUUUGCCGACGAUGUCUGCCUUAACAACUACUGGAUCAAUGACGUCUGCAUCACCAACUUCUGGGUCAAUGACGUCUGCAUCCACAACUCCUGGGUCAACAAUGACUGUAUCUUCGAAGCUGAGUCAAAAACAUGAUGGCGAAUUCAAUUUGGAUUCAUUUAUUUUUGAUGAUGGUGCAUUUGGCGACCUGAACGACAUAAUGGCCAUACCUGCAAUUCAAGAUGAGAACGUUGCAAGGAUCCAGAGCGAAAAUGAAAAGUUAGUGCAGCAGUUGCAAUACUACGAAGCCGAGAAACAGUUGCAAGCCGAAGAAAUCACGCGCCUUCAAGCAAAACUGUUGGCACAAGAAGCGGAAAAGAAUAUUCUCCUCUACGAAAAUGCAACGACAGCGGCGAAACUAAGAGAAAUCGAAAAGGAUAGAGAUAUCCUUCGUGAAAAGAACUUGAAACACAUCGGUGAGAUGCUCGAACAUUUUUACGAAGGAAAAAAGUCGAAAACUGACUAAUUUCGACUACAUUUCCAUGUUUUUGUGCUAUUUUUUAUUUGCGAUUGACGACAUUGAAAUAUGAAUCUUGGCAGGACCAAGUGAUUGUUCUGAUUUGUAAAAUAAGAUUAAAACUGAAGAUUUGUAAAAUAAAUGCGAGAGAUAUGA